GAAGGUGGAAGGGGAUGUUGAGUCGGCUGCAGGAGCUCCGCAAGGAGGAGGAGACCCUGCUGCGUCUGAAGGCGGCCCUGCACGACCAGCUGAACCGCCUCAAGGUUGAAGAGUUGGCCCUUCAAUCAAUGAUAAGUUCUCGAGGAAGGACUGAGACACUGUCUUCUCAGCCAGCACCUGAACAGUUAUGUGAUGCAUCCUCUACUCUUCUCGUGUACAUCAAUAUGCCCAGCCUGCCCAGACUUCAAAUUACUCCAUCCUUUCCAGUUACUCAAAUGAGCCCCAAGAAACUAGCAGUGGUUGUUGUGGUAGAGAUGUCGCUGCAUGUAGACAAUGAAGCGUCAAUCAAUCAGACCACACUGAAGCUGAGUACCAGGAGCCCUAUGGAAGAGGAGGAGGAGGAAGAGGAGGAAGAAGAAUCUGAUUCUUAAGGGGGGACAAGGGCUAGGGUUAGUUAUACAAGCUAAACUAAGUCUUGUGUAUGUCAUCUCUUCAAAGUUGUCUUGCAGGGCCUGUGUGAAAGAUAGAUUUAUAAAUGGAGGAGACUCAGUUGAUAAAGUAUCUACAUGCGAAUAUGAAGACCUGAGCUUGGAGCCUCAGAAUCUGUAAAAACCUAGGCAGAGUGUCACAUGUCUGUAACCCCAGCACAGGGGAUAGGAAGACCAACAGAUCCCUGAAGCACACUGGCCAUCCCGUCUAGCCAAACCAGUGAGUUUCGGGUUCACUCAGAGACCCCCGUCUAAAAAGAACAGUGAUAAUGGGCAUAGAGGCACACAUCUCAAUCCCAGCAUGCAUGAAAAUUGCAAGCUGCAAAAAAAAAAAAAAUUUUUUUUCUGCUGAGAUAUAUUAAUCAGUCCAAUUUCACUACCAGAGGAAUGGUGAGAAGUAGAUAGCAUCUGAUUGUUACGUAAAAGAUCAUAGUAAGAUACAGAGUUUUAGCUAAUUUAGGCAUUUACACCCAGACUUCGGAAUGCUCUAGCAAGAAUUGUUGCCAUCCACCGUGAAACCAACCUGGACUAUAAACAAAACCAAGCACAAUGCAAGGUCUUAGCAUGGGUUACUCACUAGCGUGUUAGGCUACUUGAGAUCAACUAGACACUAUUCCGUCUCUUUUCUGAAAAAGGCAAACACUAUACAGAUUGACCUAAUUUCAGUCAUUACCGGGGUAGUCAGUCACAUGGGAUGUGACAAGAGAAGCAGAGGCAGGAUAUCAAGCCAGUGUGAUGGUCCAUACAGCAAGUUCUAGGACAGUCAGGACUACAUAGAGAGAACCUGUCUCAAAAAAUACACAGAAAAAACUACCAACAACUUCUGGCCAUCAACACACAUCAAGCACACCAUAUAUUCACCAAUGCUGACAACUCCCUACACAAUAUAUACGCUGGUUUUGUAUAAGGUGUUCUCUCAAGAAACCAAGGAAUACCAAUGA